AUGGAAGCUGAAGAGGAAGGGGCAAAAAAACUGUCGGAAGUAAAUUUUGAAAACUUACCUCCCAACUACCAUAAUGAGUCCAACAUGGAAACCAGAGUUGGUAAUAGAACUGUUCAGACUCAUCAAGAAAUUGAUAAGGUUACAGAUAACAAAACUGGAUCAACAAUUUUUUCUGAGACAGUUAUUACAUCUAUAAAAGAUGGAGAAAACAAAAGAAAUCAUGAGUGUAUCAUUGAUGAAGACUGUGAAACAGGGAAAUAUUGCCAGUUCUCCACCUUUGAAUACAAGUGUCAGCUCUGUAAAACCCAGCAUACACAUUGCUCACGGGAUGUUGAAUGCUGUGGAGACCAGCUUUGCGUUUGGGGUGAGUGCAGGAAAUCCACUUCAAAAGGAGAGAACGGCACCAUUUGUGAGAACCAACAUGACUGCAACCCUGGAAUGUGCUGUGCUUUUCAGAAAGAACUACUGUUUCCUGUGUGCACUCCAUUACCUGAAGAAGGUGAACCCUGCCAUGAUCCUUCAAACAGACUUCUCAACCUGAUCACCUGGGAACUGGAACCCGAUGGAGUACUUGAGCAAUGCCCAUGCGCAAGUGGCUUGAUCUGCCAACCUCAGAGCCACAGCACUACAUCUGUGUGUGAACCGUCUGCCAACGAAACCAGGAAUAAUGAAAAAGAAGAUCCCUUAAUCAUGGAUGAGAUGCCAUUUCUCAGCUUGAUACCCAGAGAUAUUCUUUCUGAUUAUGAAGAAAGCAGUGUCAUUCAGGAAGUGCGUAAGGAAUUAGAAAGUCUGGAGGACCAAGCCGGUUUGAAGCCUGAGCCUGACUCAGCUCAAGACCUGUUUUUGGGAGAUGAAAUUUAAAGUCCAAUCACCAGACAGUUUAGUUAGUUAUUUCUAGAAAUUUUUGUCUAGUGUCUUGCUUAUAUAAACCCUAAACACAUACUGCUGGAUAGAAGUGCAAUAAACAAGGUCUUCAAUGAGCAUCCUUUUCUGUGCACCAAACCUGCAUGUUCAAAUUAUUGUUGAAUUCGUUCAAUCCUUGGACCAAACCUUCUGUCAAAGACAAAUGAGAAAUAUAUCAGUGUUUCUUC